AUGCCUCCUAAGGGGAAGUCCAAGGCUCUGCCGGAGGCAACGUCACCGGAUGCUCCUCUCUCGUCGCCUGCUCCUGCUACCUUCAUUCCUGCAAGCAAGGACAAGGGCAAGGCACCGGAUGUUUCCAACAAUGUGACUCUCACAGACGCGCCUGCAAGCGGAUCUGGCAUCUCUUUGGAAGAAAAGUUGCGCUCGCUUCGUACGACCGUUCCUGACAGUGGCUUCAUUGAGGAUGACUCUGACAAAGAGCUUGAAGUCGAGGUCAAGACUGAAUCAUUUCACAGCAUUCGCUAUACUGCGAUCCUGCUGUUACCUGUGGCUCUUGCGCUGGAAGUGGCGUCAGUCAUCACCACGGUGCGGACGCUGUUGAAGCGUGUCUGGUCGUCCAUGCUUUCAGAUGGAGCCUACAAAAUGGCAAAGUUCCAGGAGCUCCUCCCGGCGUACGUGGCGAAGACUCGCUACAGCCGUCUGCAAGUCUCCCUCCUGCGAGAAGACGACAUCAUGAGCAUCAGAUCUAAGGAAGUGGAUUACACGCGACCCAACGGUAUGUUGUACCGUGCAACCGCUUCCCUUCCUGCCUCGCCGUUCAUCACUCCCAUUCUGCUGGAUCCAGCCACGGUGUUGAUCUCUAUGGGAGGCAACCGCAAGGAAUGGAUCUGCACGCAAGUGGGCUGUGGGAAAUCAAAGGGGAAGAGCUUCAUGACUGCGGCCGAUCACAUCACGUCUGCCAACCAUCUCAUUCAUCUGGAGCAGCUUGGUUCUGCUACUCGUGCCUCACUUGAGAAGGCCAGCCUCGAUAUCACCAGGAAAGAGUACGGGAUCUGA